AGAUUGCAGCUAAAGCCAAACGGAAGAGUUUUGAAAGACGGGCGCGGAUUUUCAAAAAAAAAAAAAAAUUCACACAGGUUUGUUGUUAGGACAUUAGCUAGCUGACUGACUAAAUAGGCACACACACAAUUUGUAAAUAGACGUCUCCUGGAUUCCUGUUUGUUGUUAUUAAUUUCAGUAAAAUGGAGGCCGAGUCACCAGAUACCUUUAAAACUCCGUGUAAACCGGCGAAGAUGAAGAGUUCAGUUAGUACAUGUGGAACCCCAGUCACUAUUCCAGCGUCUCCAUUUAUGAAGAAGCUUGGCUGUGGCACCGGUGUGAGCGUCUACCUCAUGACCAGAAAUGGAAAACAGAUUCAGUCACCGUGGGCCAUUAAGAAGAUCAGCAGCAAGUGUGCAAAGACUCAGAAGAACGUGUACCAGAAGCGGUUGUGUGAGGAAGCAAAGAUCUUAAAGGAACUGCAGCAUCCAAAUAUUGUUGGUUUUAGAGCGUUCACCACAGCGAAGGAUGGCUCGAAGUGUUUGGCGAUGGAGUAUGGAGGAGAGCUGUCUCUCAAUGACCUGAUUGAAAAGAGGAGAGAGGAGGGCCUCCAGGCCUUCCCAGUUGCCACUAUUGAAAAAGUGGCUCUUCAUGUAGCUCGUGGUUUGCAUUAUUUGCACAACGAGAAAAAGCUGCUGCAUGGAGACAUGAAAUCCUGCAACAUCGUCAUUAAAGGUGACUUUGAGACUGUCAAAAUCUGUGACGUUGGUGUUUCCCUGCGAUUAGAUGAAAAUAUGCAGGUGAGCAACCCAAAGGCCUGCUACAUUGGCACCGAGCCAUGGAAACCCAAAGAGGCGCUGGAGGAUGGGCUAAUCACCGACAAAGCGGAUAUCUUUGCAUAUGGACUCACCCUGUGGGAGAUGAUGACCCUCUCUGUGCCUCACCUAGAGAUGCUCGACAGCGAGGAGGACUCAUUUGAUGAGGACUACUUUGAUGAAGAUGCAUAUUAUGAGAGGCUGGGAACCCGACCUCCACUGGAUGCAGGCACUCUGGGCAGCGCCUACCAGAGUAUGGUGGAACUUUUCUGUCUCUGUACUGAGGAAGAUCCCAGCAAAAGGCCUUCAGCUGCUCACAUUGUUCAGGCCCUGGAGUCCAACAGUCAGCUGGAUGAUAAAGGCAUUGAGGUGAUUGUUAUAGAUUAAGAGCUUCUUGUGUAUGGUGGAUUUUCUAGUCUUUUCUCAUUGUAACUUCUUUCAUGUCUGAUUUUUAAACUUCUCCCUAAAAUUGUACAGAAGUCAUUCUAGUUAUAACAUGCAAGUUAUUGAUUUACUGUAUGUAGAUUUAGACUUGUUCCAUGAUAAGUUGCAUGUGAUGCUAGAAUUGUAAAAUGAUUAGAUUCAGUGAUUUCACUUAUUUACAAGCGGAGCAUUUUGUGCUCAAACACUUUGUUCUGUGUAUAGUCAAAGGAGUCUUAUUUUAUAAUACAUGAAUAGCUAAGAGAUCUACUUAAUUUAAGAAAAAAAAAUGUAUUGACAUUUCACCCUGACAGGAGUACAGAACUGUAAUAAAAAAUGUAUCAACACCA